UGACUUAAGAGUUGCAGAAAUAUCAAGUGAAACAAAAAAAACAAACCAGAAAGAUAAAUGGCUAUAAGUUUUAGAACUCUAGCUCUUUUGACCCUCUCGGUGUUACUAAUUUCCUUAUCUAUCGGCGUCGUCACGGCAACAGAGUCGCAUCGGAAUGAAGCGGAGGUGCGUACGAUGUACGACCAAUGGCUUGUAGAGAAUGGGAAGAACUAUAAUGGUCUUGGAGAGAAGGAGAGACGGUUCAAGAUCUUCAAAGACAACUUGAAACACAUCGAAGAACACAAUUCAGAUCCGAACCGGAGUUACGAACGCGGGUUGAACCAGUUUUCGGAUCUAACGGUCGAUGAGUUUCAAGCUAGUUACUUGGGUGGGAAGCUAGAAAAGAAAAGCCUAUCGGAUGUAGCGGAGAGGUAUCAGUACAAAGAAGGAGAUAUUUUGCCUGAUGAAGUAGAUUGGAGGGAGAGAGGAGCAGUUGUUCCAAGAGUCAAAAGACAAGGAGAUUGUGGAAGUUGUUGGGCGUUUGCGGCGACUGGAGCAGUGGAAGGUAUAAACCAAAUCACAACCGGAGAAUUAUUAUCUUUAUCAGAACAAGAACUCAUUGACUGCGAUAGAGGGAAAGACAACUUUGGAUGUGCUGGAGGUGGAGCAGUAUGGGCCUUUGAGUUCAUUAAAGAAAACGGUGGUAUAGUAACCGAUGAAGAUUACGGUUAUACUGGCGAUGAUACUGCCGCGUGCAAGGCCAUUGAGAUGAAAACCACUCGGGUUGUUACCAUUAAUGGUCAUGAGGUUGUUCCUAUAAAUGAUGAGAUGUCUUUGAAGAAAGCUGUUUCUUAUCAACCUAUUAGUGUUAUGAUAUCAGCCGCAAACAUGAGUGACUACAAAUCUGGUGUAUAUAAAGGACCAUGUAGUAAUUUGUGGGGAGACCAUAAUGUGCUAAUUGUGGGAUAUGGAACAUCAUCAGAUGAAGGAGACUACUGGCUUAUUCGUAAUUCUUGGGGACCAGGGUGGGGAGAAGGCGGAUACCUUAGGCUCCAACGUAACUUCCAAGAACCAACCGGGAAAUGUGCAGUCGCAGUAGCACCUUUGAUUAGUUUGGCCUUGCUUUGAUAUAUACUUGGUGUUCAAGCUCUAUUCACAAGCCGGGUGAGCGUUGUGAUC